AUGGCCAGCGCACUUCCAUCUUCGGACACUCCAGUACAUUCAAGUAAUCUGGCCAAUUUCAAUCCAUGUCAGCAUACAUUUGUUGCAACGAGAACUAAACAAGAGCAUCAUGAUCAGAACUCACAACGAGAAAUUGUUCCGCGUGUAUGUCGCCUGCGAACACGUGAUAAUAGCAUGGCAAUAUACGCCCUUGUUGAUCCGAUUGAUACAAACAGACUUGCAUCCGACGUGAGUGUUAAUCUGCUUGUCGAACAAUUGAGUGAAGUUUCGUUCGAUGAUGAAUCCUAUAAAGAAAAGAUCAAUGAUAUAAUGCAAAAAAUUUUUUAUGAAAUCGAGAAUCGCCUUUUACAAAUGACAUUCGAUCAAGCUGAAGAGAAAAUUUCAACAACGCCCUCGAGUGGAAGUGAGCCUGAAAAACUUUUACCUUCGCUGGACGAAGCAGAAUCAGGAGCAUUUUUAUUCGCUGCUACGGUUACACAAUCAUAUGUUUAUAUCGGUUAUGUUGGAACAAUUCGAGCUUUUCUUGUCUCGAACAACAAUGGAGAAUUGAGUAUUUCAAACAGUCGACCACAGUACUAUCAAACAGGUUCAUUACAUACGAUUGAUAAUGAUGAUGAAUACCGUCGAUUAAAGAGUCUUGACGUGGACUUGGAAAAGAUGAAAAAUGAAGGCUUGGAUAGGAAAUCAUCGAAAUUCACACGUUGUGUUGGGAAGUUAUCGGAAAAACUACUCUCAUCUGCUGCAUCAGCAAACGAUGUGAACGAAGCUCGCUGUAAUCCAUUGAUAUGCGAGCCCACUGUUUAUAAAUUCAAAAUUUUCCCCGGAGACUAUGCAUUGGUACUAAUGACGGAUAAACUCUAUCAAAUGUACUUGAAAACAAGUAUUUCGGAACAAGAAAUUCCGUCGGAUUUUCUCGAUCUUCUACGUGAUUCGUUGGGUUCUCCUGAUUGCGCCGAACAUAUCCUGAGUAAAAUCGAAAAACGAUAUCACGCGCAAGACAAUCCCACACACGAUGAUAUUGAUAUACAAGACAUGGGCUUAUUAAUUCACUUUUUUCUUCAACCGAAAACAACGAAUGUGCAAUCGUCUAUGCCAACGAUGCAAAAUCACAGUCGUCGUAUUUGCAAUGGCGAAGUGACUGUUGAUGAAGUGAGAAAAUUCAUCAAUAAACACAAAGAAAUGCAAGAAAGACGAGAAAAAGAUCGAUCUACAUCGCGAAAUUUCGGACAUAUACGGGAAACUCAAAAACAUAAUAAUACGAUUGAACCAUUUGUUCGAUUCGAUACUUAUGAAAAACUAUUGAAUGAUAAUGAAGAUUUGCGUCAAGCAAAUGCUUUGAUUACUGAACUUCUUUACACUCAAUCAACAUCAAUGCUCGAAGAGAAAUUGGAUGACUUUCUUAAAACGCAUCCAUCCUUAAAAUGCGACUGA